ACUUUAGUAGAGAAACAAAAUAAAAACAUUUUGUAUGCUGAAAGGACAGAUUAGGAAAUUCUUUAGUCUAGAUUCUGUAUGUAAAUUACAUACUAGAUUCUAGAUGUAGAUCUAAUUUGUAAUAAAUCUCAUUCAUGAAUGCAUUAGAUCUUUGAUGGUUAAUGACUAUGACGUCAUGUUUUUAGUAGGUUUAACAGGUAGUAUAGCAAGUGCCAGUGGUAAAAGUACAGUAACAAACUUCCUAAAAAAUGAGCUUGGAUGUUCAUGUGUUGUGGACGCAGACGUCAUAGCUCGUCAAGUUGUCCAUCCUGGCAAGCCAGCAUAUUAUAAAAUUAGGAAAGAAUUUGGGGAGGAAGUUUUAUUAUCGGAUGGAAGUCUGGACAGGGAAAAACUUGGACAAAUUGUAUUUAAUGAUGAUGACAAGCGUAAGAAGCUAAAUCUUAUUGUUCACCCUGAAAUAAAAAAACAGAUGUUGUGGGAAAUAUUCCUGCUGUUUAUCAAAGGUUACCAGUUUGUUAUACUUGACAUUCCUCUACUUUUUGAAACAAAAACAAUGCUCCCUUAUAUUUCUUAUUCACUUGUUGUAUUUUGUCAUGAAGAUCAACAACUCCAGCGGUUAAUGAAAAGAAACAAUAUGACUGAAGCAGAAGCAAGAGCAAGAAUAAAUACACAACUACCAAUGGUGGAAAAGUGUAAAUUAGCCACGUACACUAUUGAUAACACAAAAAGUAUCUUAGAAACCAAAGAACAAGUCAGACAGAUAUAUGAAAAGCUUUGUGCCUCAAAAAGACAUUAUUUUGUUCGGUUCUUUAUUUUGUCGGGAUUUAUUAGCUUGAUUAGUGCUUUUUAUAUUUUAUUUUGAAUCAUAAUUAGGUAGUAGGCCUAUAUUUUACUUUUUUUUAGGUAAUAAAAAGUUUACACACGUUCAUUAAUUGCUUUUCAUUUUCAGCCAAUAGUUAUUGUUAAUAAUAACAAAUUUCUGUGCUUCAGUUUUUAUUAAAUUAAACUUACAACACAACAUAAAACUGUGUAUGAAAUUUACCAGUGGCUUCUAAUUUUUAACAUUGGAUUAUAAUUGUUAUUUUUCUUUCCAAAUAAACUUUGAAUAAAUAUGUUAAUUGUCACCCUGAAUAGUUCUGUAUCAUACAAUUUUUAUUUUAUAACAUCUAACAAUAUAUGCUAUUUAAUUUUAUUUGGGUUUUUAAAAAAAA